AACUUAAUAUUAGACUGCAGUUUUUCAAGUAAAGUUCGAGGCAUUCCAGACUUUUUAGGGCAUAAACGGUAAGUUAAGGGCUAAAAAUCUUAAAAAGUAGGAAAUAUAAUGUAUGAAAAUUUGUAUAAGGACUUGUUAGUGAAACAAAAUUAAGGAUUAGGAUCUAAAUGUAAUUAAUUACCUUUUAAAGCUUCAACUUGACCAUUCGUAAAAUUCCUCGUUCGGGUGUCAAAUUCUUCUUCUCCCCCCUUCGAAUGAUCCAAUGCUUCAAAACUUUGCUCGACAAAUGCAAUUCAUGGCCGCAGCUGAAGCAAAUCCAUGGCCUCCUCACAACUUCAGGCCUGUCGAGAAACGACCCAUUCGCCUGGAAAAUCAUCUCCUUCGCCGCAACUUCUGCUUCCGCCGACAUCGAUUACGCCCACCGCCACUUCCGUCGCCUCCCCAGCCCAACGCUGUUCCACUACAACGCCGUCGUUAGGGGCUUUUCGAACAGCAAAAACCCAAUUAAAUGCGUACACGUGUUUGCGCAGAUGUUGAUGAACGGUGUCGUACCGGACUAUCUCACGUACCCUUUUGUUGUGAAGGCUUCGGCCCGAAUUUCGGACCCGAAACUUGGAGCGUGUGUUCACGGGCAGGUGUUGAGAAAUGGGUUUGCUUCCGACGUUUUCAUUUCUAAUUCUUUGGUCCAUAUGUACGGCUCCACCGGUGAAGUGGGAUGCGCGAGGAAGGUGUUCGACGAAAUGGCGAUGAGGAAUUUGGUUUCUUGGAAUUCGAUGCUGGACGGGUACGCCAAAUGCGGUGACGUGGUUUUGAUGAGGGAAGUGUUCGACGUAAUGCCGGAGAGAGAUGUCGUCUCGUGGAGCGCGUUGGUUGAUGGUUACGUCAAGGACGGGAACCACGCCGAGGCAUUGGAGGUUUUCGCGAAAAUGAAAGCCGUGGGUCCCAUGGCGAACGAAGUAACCAUGGUUAGUGCUCUAUGUGCGUGUGCCCACUUGGGUGCACUCGAUCAAGGGAGCUCAAUUCACCGAUACAUAGUCGAAAAGGGAUUGCCGUUAACCCUAAUCUUGAGAACUUCCCUUGUAGAUAUGUACGCAAAAUGCGGUGCAAUUAACGAGGCCUUGCUCGUUUUCCGCGAGGCAUCAAUGAGAAAAACAGACGUGCUCAUGUGGAACGCUAUGGUUGGUGGCCUCGCCACCCAUGGAUUUACCUCUAAAGCACUA